AUGGAUUACAUAGGACCAUUCAGUUACAGGGAGGACAACAUCACAAUUUCGAAACACUGGAUAAUUCUCAUUACUUGCUUGAACACAAGAGCCACCUUCACGAAGGUCGUAACAAGCAUGUCUGCGGAAACUCUACUUCAAGGUCUUCGUCGUUCCAUAGCAACCAAUGGUUUUCCCAAUUGGAUAGUAUGCGACAACGCCAAAGUUUUCAAGACAAUUAAUGAAAUUCAAUCAAAUAUGUUCAGGUCAACAACGCCCAAGGAAAAUGUCAUCGAUUAUUACGCCAAUCGUAAGAUCAGUUUCAACUUUAUUGCGAGCCAUAGCCCUUGGCAAGGAGGAGUAUACGAGAGAAUGGUCGGUAUUUUUGAAGCAGCGUUCCGAAAUGCUAUCGGAAGAGAAAUUUCCGACAUAGAAACCUUGAAAACAAUCACGGCAGAAUGCACAGCGAUUUGCAACGCGGACCACUUACUUAUGUAA